CAAAGUAUUUUAAAACGUCAUUACACAGCUGUGACGACUCGCAUACUGCUCGCUUUCGCUUGUUUGUUUUUUGCAGAAAAGCUCAAAAAUGACGAAGGUUGCUGAUAAUCUUAAUCCUCACAUAUACGAGAAGGGCUCAGAGCGUCAGAUAACGUCAACAGACCAUGACGAGGACGUCGUUGACGAGAUAGACGAGCGGGAAAUCUUCGAUAUCAUACGUAACAUCAACGACCCUGAACAUCCGUUGACGCUGGAAGACCUGCGGGUGCUAGAGGAGAAGAAUAUAACUGUGAAUAAUAAGGAGAACACUGUGCAUGUUAAUUUCACGCCUACGAUACCGCACUGCAGCAUGGCUACCCUAAUAGGCCUAUCAAUCCGAGUUCAGCUUCUCCGAGCACUUCCAAGCCGGUUUAAGGUGACUGUAACAGUCACAGAAGGUACACAUGCAUCUGAGCAUGCGGUGAACAAGCAGUUAGCGGACAAGGAGCGCGUCGCUGCUGCGCUGGAGAACAAUAAUCUGGUGCAGAUUAUUAAUCAGUGUGUUUCACCAUUAUCAUUAUAGUUUUUUGAUUCGUUCUGUGUGGACCUGCCUACUUGCAUUUACAUUUCGGCCAACACUGUUUAUAUAGCUCCAGUUUAUAAUACAAACCAAAAUAGACCUAAAACAAGUUUUGUAUGAAAAACUUAAAUUCGCUAUAUUUUAUUAACCAUGAUAUCUGAAGCUAUAUUAACUAAAUUACAGGUUAUACCUUAUCCUAUUGUAAGUACAAAGUGUUAGAGUAAUCUAGCUAGUCGUUUUAAAAUGAGAGUGUAACUACGUUUGUAUGGAGAAUGAAGCUUGCUGGGGACCUUGAGUAGAACAAGAUAAACAAUUGGAUGAAUUUUCAAAUGUGAUUACUGCAUUUUUUGUUAGCAAAGCAGAUUUGGUAUUUCAAGGUUAUUUUUCGAUUGGUUAAGUAAGAUCCCUGGGACUUAGGGAGGGAAAGCUAUGAUUACUGAAGAUAUGCAGUUUGAGAACUAAAAGUUAAAAUCUGUAAACAAAAAAGAAUAUGUUUCUGUAAUUUUUAUAUUGCUCUGCAACAUAUCCGCCUGGUUCACAUUUUUCGUGGCUUGUUGUUCAAAGGGUUUUAAAACCAAUUAGGCUUCGCCUCGCAUGGCCUCGCGAGGAAAUUGCCGCGCGAAGCAGCUCGGUCGGUGGAGAUGUGUGUCGCCCAAGGCACGUCUACACAUGCCGUACUGUCUCGCACGGCUAUUUCCUCGCGAGGCGGCUCGUUCUGCCUAUUCACCAGAGCCUGAGAUAGUUUUUAAACCAACAUGCAUGUAUGUUAAAAAUCCAACACAUGAAACUACUGUAUCAGUAUUAGCGAGUAGUUUCAAGAUUCUGUAGAUAUCUAUUAAUUUGAUAAUGACGACCGGUUUGGUCUAGUGGGUAGUGACCCUGCCUACGAAGCUGAUGGUCCCGGGUUCAAAUCCUGGUAAGGGCAUUUAUUCGUGUGAUGAGCAUGGAUAUUUGUUCCUGAGUCAUGGGUGUUUUCUAUGUAUUUAAGAUUUUAUAAAUAUUUAUAUAUUAUAUAUAUCGUUGUCUAAGUACCCUCAACACAAGCCUUAUUGAGCUUACUGUGGGACUUAGUCAAUUUGUGUAAUAAUGUCCUAUAAUAUUUAUUUAUUUAUUAUUUAUUUGGAAGCCAUAUUCUCUGAGCUGAAUAGGGAAUUCUUAACAACUUUUACUAUGAAACCACCCUUUAAAUUGCUAAAAAAACCGGCCCAGUGCGAGUAGAACUCGCGCACGAAGGGUUUCGUACCAUUACGCAAAAAACAGCAAGAAAAUCACGUUUGUUGUAUGGGACCCCACUUAAAUAUUUAUUUUAUUCUGUUUUUAGUGUUUGUUAUUAUAGCUAUCAUGGUUCAUGAGAUACAGCCUGGUGACAGACAGACGGACAGUGGAGUCUUAGUAAUAGGGUCCCGUUUUUCCCCUUUGUGCACGGAACCCUAAAAAUGGGUGUCUUAUUCGCUUUAGGGUCAGAUGUCAAUGUUUUCUAUUGAAACGCCUAGAAGUGGUUCAGUGUCUCAUACAUACACGUUGUAACAUGAGGAAACCGAAAACUUUAUAACAGUGUAUUCCUGAUCAUAUUUAGUUUCAGAGUUAAUACCAAUUGAAAAAAAUAUCUUCUUAUUCUAACUUACUGGAAAACGCCUUUUUGAUGGUGAUGAUCCCAUUAUGGGGCGUAGUCUACAUAUACAUAUCCUUAUUAGCCGGGUCCACACAGAGCGAGCAUACGCGCGAGGCAAUUUCCUCACGCACAAGUCGGCCAUUGUAGACGUGCCUCGGGCGAGGCACAUCUACACUGGCUGGUUUGUGCGUGAGGAAAUUGCCUCGCACGUACGUGUGUGGACUGUGUGGACCCGCCUAUUGGUAGAUGUCAUAAAGUGACAAGUAACCUUUGCAAAACCUAGGUUUUACAAAAAAAAAUCGUAAAAAUUCAUUUUUAGUGCCAGUUUUUUCCAUAACAUUAACUUUUUAUGUACAAAUACAUUCAAAAGUAAAAAAAAAAGUAUUUUUUGUGGUGAAAUUUACUUAACUCAGUUACAUUUUUUUCUUCUUUUGGCCUCAGAAUUGCGUGGUUAAAAUCUUUUGGGUUCCUCGUGUUACACCGUGUAUUAUAUAUGUUCGUCUUGUAGAGAAUGAUUAAAUAGUUAUUUGUAUUCCAAGGGAGGAAAAGUAGGACAUUGCGUGCCACGUGUAAAAUUGACAAACACGCGGGAUGGAAUGUCCUACGAUUCCUCCCGUGGUGUGCAUACUAUUUUUCUGCUCGACGGAGGCAGAAAGGGGCAACUUCGUUUAGCGCAGCGGGGGCAAAGUUGAAGCUUUCCGCCCGGAGAGCAGAAAAAAACAUAAACAUCCUGGUGGUUUAUGUAAAUGAAAGUCUGCAUGUUUUUUUUUUUAUAAUAAUUUUAUUAAUAAGUGUAAUAUAGUGAACAAAACUGUUAAUGUAUAAAUAAAAAAGAUGCUUAGCUUAAA